AUGCCCGAUAUCAUCACCCGUCCUGCGACAGAGGCCGAUGAACAAUCAUUGUCGCGGAUCUGUCUGCUUACAGCUGAUGCUGGGGCCAGUGCAGAGUAUCGGCACAACUACGGGGAGCUUCCUGGACUGGUUUAUGCCGUCCCAUAUGUCAAACUUCCCUCCACAUUCGGGUUCGUAAUGGAGGUCUUAGAAACGAAAGAGGUAGUGGGAUACGUUCUGUCUUCGUUCAAUACACGCGUCUACGAACAAGCAGCAGCGGAGACAUGGUGGCCAACUCUAAAGGCCAGCUUCCCGUUACCCGCCAAUAACGAACCGGGCUACUACGAUAAAGAGUUAAAGGAGGGAGAUAAGGCAUAUAUUGAACGGAUCUGGGACAUGCACACUGCCCCGGAAGCCAACAUCAAAUUCUCUGCAGCUCAUCUGCAUAUCGACAUUCUGGAGGACUAUCAACGGCAGGGAUGGGGCCGAAAGCUGAUUGCUGAGGUAGUGAGGUUUUUGGGCGAGCGGGGCCUAGACGGCGUGUGGGUUGGGCUCGAUACUAGAAACGAUAACGCGAAGAAAUUCUACGCAAAACUGGGCUUCAAGGACAUCGAAGGCGCACCAGACGGAAAUAUGGGUUUGAAGUUCAAGGACUUUGGGUCAGGAUAG